CCCGCCCGCGUCUCGCUGGUUCCGGCGCCGGGCCCGUAGCGGGAGCGGCACCGGGAGCGGCCCCGGGAGGGCACCGGGAGCGGCCCGGCCCCGCCAUGUGGUUCAUGUACGUGCUCAGCUGGCUGUCCCUGCUCGUGCAGGUGGCUUUUGUCACCUUGGCCAUCGCGGCCGGGCUGUACUACCUGGCCGAGCUGAUCGAGGAGUACACCGUGGCCACCAGGAGGGUCAUCAAGUACCUGAUCUGGUUUUCCUCGGCGGUGCAGGCUGGGCUGUUCCUCUUCGAGCGUUUCCCGGCGCUGCUGGUGGGGACGGGGCUCUUCACCAACCUCGUUUACUUCGGCCUCCUGCAGACCUUCCCCUUCCUCGUCCUCAGCUCGCCCAACUUCAUCCUCUCCUGCGUGCUGGUGGUUCUCAAUCACUACCUGGCGUUCCAGUUCUUCGCUGAGGAAUUCUUCCUCUUUUCCGAGGUGCUGGCCUAUUUCACCUUCUGCCUGUGGCUGAUCCCGUUCGCCUUCUUCGUGUCCCUGUCGGCCGGGGAGAACGUCCUGCCCUGCACCGUGCAGGCCGGAGACGACGUCGUCUCCAAUUAUUUCACCAAAGGCAAACGCGGGAAGCGCUCCGGGAUCCUCCUGAUCUUCUCCUUCCUCAAGGAAGCCAUCCUGCCCAGCCGGCAGAAAAUCUACUGAAAUCCCGGAAAAAUCCCGGGAAAUCCGGGAAAACCCAAAGGGUUCCGAGCCGGGAAACCCCGGAACGAGCCCGGUUCUGCUUUAUCCCGUGGGAAUUCCUCGGGAAUUCCGAGACUUUGGACACUCCUGGAGGUGCCAGCAGUGCUUUGGAGCUUUCCCUGCUUUUUCCUCGGGGGUGUUUCCCGGGAAAAUUGGGAUUGGAUGAGCCCAGCGUUGGGAAUUUGGGGAAUUUCUGGGUUUGGGGGUUUUUUGGAGCUGCUCCUUUGGGUUUUUCCAUCAUGAAUUAAAACCAGGGAAAAUCGGGAUUCAUCCAGAAGAUUGCGGAGCUUUUCCUGGAAUGAGCCCAAAAAUCCAGCGGGGUUCCAAUCCUGGAAAUUCCCGUUUUUCAAGCCUGGAAAUUCCCAUUUUUCAGUCCUGGAAAUUCCCGUUUUUCAAGCCUGGAAAUUCCCAUUUUUCAGUCCUGGAAAUUCCCGUUUUUCAAGCCUGGAAAUUCCCAUUUUUCAGUCCUGGAAAUUCCCGUUUUUUCCACCAGCAAAGAUUUGGGAAGGAGUUGGUGAAAAGAGAUUUUCCAUGGGGAAAUCUCCUCGUUUUUCCAAGGAAUUCCCAGAAUUCCUGAUUUUCCUGAUCCUGCAGAGGAACUGGAAGUGCUCAGAAUUCCCAAAUUUUUCCUUCCUCCUUUUCCAAAGGGCGAAAAAUCCUCGGAGGGAGCUGAAAAUUCCUCCCUGAUCUGAAAAUUCCCCUUUUUUUUUUUUCCUUGGAAUUUUCCCCCCUGGGCCAGGAUUAAACAUUCCCAGCCCUGCCCCAAUCCAGGAGAUUUUGGGAGGAAAAUCCCACAGGGAAUUUCAGGGAAUUCCCUCAGAUCCCACAGAAUUCCAGCCUGGAUAAUUCCAAACCCAACCUAUUUUUUUAGGGAAAAAAAAUUUCCUUUGGAAAAGCUGAAAUUUUGCUGUUGGAUUUGGUUUGGGGUGGGUUUUUUGGGGGAUUUUUUUUCCUGAAAAUUCUGGAAUUUUUGGGAUGGGAAUGAGGAAAAUCAGGAAUUUCUGAUUCCUUUGGAUCCCCGUUUUCCCGGGGUGGAUUCCUGGGAGUUUUUCCAGCUGGUUUUUCCCAUAUUUUUCUGCCCAAAUUCCUGGGAAAUCCUGGAAUUCCAUGAAGAUUUCACCAGCAAAAGGAAAGUCGGGAUGGAACCCCCCCUAAAUGUGGGAAAAACGCUCCGGGAAUGCCGGAAAUUUAUGGUUAAAUUGUAAAAUCCUGGAUUUUCCCUGAGGAUUUGAGGGGUUUUUUUAGGAUUGGGAUUUUUCCUGGAUCCCUGGAAGUGUCCAAGGCCAGGCUGGAGCUGGGAUUGUGGGAUGUGGAUGGGAUUUUCCCACCGAAAUUCCAGGAUUUUAGGGAGAAAAAUGAAAUUAAAAUCAGAGCUCCCCCAUCCUGAGGAGGUAAAUCUGGGAAAAAACUCCAGGAUUUGGAGAAAUCCAGGAUUUCCUGCUCCUUUUCCAGCAGGAAUUUCCCUUUUCCAGGUUUUUUUGGGGGGGCAGGGAUUCAGCCUCUCCUUCCCAGUUUUCCCUCCUGGCAAAUCCCCCGGGAAAAGGAGCGGGAAUUGAGGGAAAAUCGGGAAAAAAUUCCCUCCCAGCCUGAGGAAGGGGAAAAAAACUGGGAUCAAACCAAAUCCCAGGGAAUUCCCGGGAAAUGAAGGAGCUGGGAUUCCCUGGGAUGCCAGGAAGAAUUCCAGGUGUUCCCAAAUCCGAGGGAAUAAAGGAUUUUAUUGGGAUGUUGUAAGAAA